AUGGCAAGAUUUGAAUUGGAGAAGUUCGAUGGAACAAGAGACUUUGCACUAUGGAGAGAAAGUUUGAAAGGAAUCCUAGUGCACCAGAAGUUAUCCAAGGUUCUUGGAGUUGAGAAACUUUUGGCCGAGAAGAAACUAGAGGAAAUUGCAGAAAUAGAGGAGAUGUCGUACUACACGAUCAUCAUGUAUCUGUCAAACAGUGUUCGAAGAAAACUUAUCGCAGAGAAGACAACCAAAGGAGUUUGGAACAAGCUGGAAGAACUAUACAUAAAGCCAUCAAUUGCUAACAAAAUUAAUUUGCUAGAAAGGUUAUACGAUUUUAGAAUGAUUUAUUCCUUUUCUCUAGAUGAUAACAUUGAUAGAUUCAAGAAAGCCAUCAAGUAUGGUAGAGACAUAACUGUAUUGGAGGAUGUUCUUGGCGCACAUAAAUCGAAGAAUUUUGAAUUACAAUUGGAAAAGGAAUCUAAGAGAGAAGAAGUGUAUCUAAAAAGAGGAAGAUCACCCGAGAAAAAAUGUAAAGAAGAUGUCUCUGACAUGAGUAACAGUGGAAUUGAGCAUGACAAUGAAGAUGUUAGCCAUGAAUGGAUUGAUCCUGAUGUAGCUGUUUGGAGUAACUUUAAAAUUUUUUGCAGAUUGAUAAAAAUUUAG